AUGGGGAAUUGUUUUGUUAUAUCAGGAAUUGUAAUGUUACAAUAUUAUGAGGCUUUAGGAAUUGUUAUAUUAGGUUGUGAGGAAUUUUUAUAUCAGUUUAGACGUCUCCAUAGUAAAAAGCUACAGCACACUUUCCGCUUUUACUCUUACCAUUGGAGGACAUGGGCUGCCUGCUUCAUUCAGGUUGCUUGGCGUCGAUACAAGAAGAGGACUCUGGCAAAGAACCUUGGCAUGAGAGAGUCAUUCUCAUAUAGUGUUGAUGGGCAUGUAGCUGAUGAAACUGAACAAGAUGAGGAGGAGCAUCCUGCUGCAUCUUCAUACGCCGCCUCGCAAGCAAAACAGAACUUGGGUGUCACAAUGCUGGCUUCAAGGUUUGCUGCAAACACAAGGAGAGGAGCUCAGAAAGUCAAGGAUGUUCAAUUGCCUAAAUUGCAGAAGCCUGAAGAACCAGACUUCUCAAUGGAGCCAGAAGAUGAAUAGUUCUUCAACUCUUCCAAAAUUACAUCAUAUGUCAUUUCCAAUGGUGAAAAAGGAUACCAAAAAUUCAAAAACAUCAUUAGCUGUUUCAAAAAUGUAUGAUACCAUUAGCCUGUACUUAUGUUCAGCAUGUCUUGUUGAAAGUAGGAUCUUCCCUUAGUUUAGCUCAAUUUACAGCCAAAGGCAUC